AUGUCUUUACCGGUGCUCUCCACUAUUCCAUAUCUCGCUGCCCCUCCAAUCACCCCGACUAUUCCCCACGACUCUCAAACAGACCGUUCGACCGUCGCCGCAAAGCAACACAUUGAGAACAACUCGGAGCUUCCAGAUCUCUCGUGGACUGUUCCCUUUCGGGACGGUCUGCCCACCCCUCCAGGCGAUAUGAACAGUGUGGCGUACAACGUACCCUCCUACGGAGGCAAACCGGAGGGAUAUGGGGUUCCAGUCUACACCAAGGCGCCCAUCUACCCGCGAGUAAACACCAACUUCGUCAACAGGAUGGUGCAGCACACUCAGCCUCAGCCACAUUCUGAACCGCCAGUCAAGGACGCACCGAUCCGGGAGGCGGAGGGGCAUAUCAAGGAUAGGGACAGUUCUACACCGUCGUACCUACAAAUCCCUUCUUCGAUAAACAACGGCAAAGGCAAUUUGCCCGAUUUUGCUGCUCAGAUGACUUGCCUGUUCUGGUUUGAGAGCUCCGCGAAAUUGAAGUCGAUUGAAGACCGCACGAGCCACGGUGCUUCUCUGUCCCCGGAGGCGAUUCCCACAAUCGGAUUUCAAAAAUGGGUAUCGAGCAUUCUAUCCACGACACAAGUCAGCCAAAACGUCAUUCUGCUGGCUCUCCUUUUUGUGUAUCGAUUGAAGAAGUUUAACCCGGGAGUACGUGGGAAAAAGGGCAGCGAGUAUAGGCUGAUGACAAUCGCUCUUAUGCUGGGAAAUAAAUUCCUGGACGACAACACUUACACCAACAAGACAUGGGCGGAGGUUUCGAGAAUUUCAGUCCAAGAAAUCCAUGUGAUGGAGGUAGAGUUCCUGAGCAACCUUCGAUACAACCUCUACGCAUCCAAGAAAGAAUGGGCCGAGUGGCAUGUCAAGCUCGGACUUUUUGCCGAUUUCUUCAACAACGCACCUCUCUCUUCAGAGAGCGGCGAUGUGCUUCACACCCCAGUACUUCGCCUCUCGCCCAACUUUGCACCGACCGCGCGGGCGCAGUUGUCUCCAAUCUCGUCAGCUCGGCUCCCCUCACCGACGACCGAGAUUUUGCACCCGUACUCUUGGGCCCCGGUGAACGGACCGCCAUACGCACCCGCUCCUCAAGCCGUCACUGAAUCCCUCCAAGCAAGCUCGCGCAAGCGACGUUAUGAAGAGCCCGUUGAAGAGCAGCAUCCGGCAAAGAAGAUUGCGAUGCAAAACGCGGUUCCUAUGCCGCCGUCUACCCUGCCAUCUUCUAGCCAGAUGAGCCUGCCUGCCCUGCCACCAAUGCUAGCGCCAACAUCAGCACCGCCUCAACAGAGCAUUCCCGGUCCUCUUCCGCGCCUGCCUCACGCUUUUGCGCCAAGUGUCCCAGCAUCCAUACCUCAGCUCACUGCUGCACCAGGCCGCCCGACUAUGCCUCCUGUAUACAAUCCCAGCGCCUGGGCGCCACAGAUUCCAGUCUCGGCUGCGACUCAACCGAUCACAAGCGGCGUUGUUGCCCCCGCUUUAUCACUGCCUGAUCCGUCAAGGCGCAACAACAGCCCGUUUGCCGUCACCUCAGCUACCGUAUCCCCGGCCGUCACUGCCUAUGCAGUGCACACUCCUCAAACCCACUUAUCCCCCUCCUUCUUCUUAGCAAACAGGAACUCUCCAUACCGACCUGUGCGGAGUGUUAAUACCCUGCUGAUCCCGCCACCAUCAGCUUCUCUCGAACAACAACGCACCGUUCCCUUCGACCACAUGCAUUAUCAGCCGCUAGGAAAAUCUGUUGCGGAACGCAAAACCGGGCUGUUGCCUUAUCUCCACCACGAGGCGUGGCCACAGGGAACCUAUAUUCCUCCCAACUUUUUCCCUACCCCUCAUUACGCACCUUGA